AUGGUUCAGCCGAACGAUGAUGAUUGUAUUUCAACGGGAAAAGAACGCGAAGACCGUAAUGCAUCAACGAAAAAUCGUUUUGAAUUGUUGCAUUUGGAAGUCAAAUGUCCAGAUACUGCGAUACUUCUUCUCGGAAGUCGGGAACGGCCGGUGCUCGUUGCUGCAGCAGCAGCACUGACUAAAUUUGCUGCCAAGGGAAAAGAAAAUUUACAAAAACUUUUCGAACUCGAUAUCGUCGACAGCCUCAUCCCCCUCGUUUCCCAUGAAGAUUUGUUUACACGAAGAUUUGCUGCAAGACUUUUGGGGGAAAUGACAGCAAUCCCAUUCGUAAAAAAUUAUUUGCUCGAAUCCGAUGUUCACCUGCCAAUGUUUACAAGAAUUGCUAUAGAAGAUAGCGACAAUUUUAUGAAAGAAUAUGCUUCACUGAUUCUUGCAGAAAUAUCAAAAGAUGCUUACGGAGCAGCUAAACUUUUGGAAAAUUGUACCAGUCUAGACUUUCUUUUUGAAAAUCUCAAAAUUUUGGAUCCCGAUGUGAAGAAGAAUAAUAUUCAGAUUAUUGACAACUUGCUAAAGGAUCUAACAGGAGCAGAGAAAAUUAUCGAAUCUCAGGCAUUCAGUUUCCCUCUCAUUUGUGAAUUGUUGGAUGAACCUUAUCCAGAGAUUCAGACUCUUUCUCUUGCUGUACUUGGAUCUCUAUUAGCUCGGAGCAAAGACGAGCGAAUUCAGCAGCUUUUCAGGCAGUCCGGAGCUUUGAGAACAUUACUAAAAAUACUCGAUAACGCUGAACUCUUCGACAUACAUGCUGAUGUGCUCAAAGUUUUUCUUCGAGCAGUUGAAAAUCCUAUAACCAUAGAAACUCUCAUUUCCGAUGGAGGAGUUCCAAAUUUAUUCCAAUAUUUUGAGACUGCCACAAAUUCGCAAACCUUGCGAGAAAUUCUGAGCGUUCUCGUUCAUCUCGGAGACAGACCAUCGGGAAGAGAAAUGUUGCAUAGCUUUGGGCUAGUUAAACACUUGCUACAAAAUUUGCAUGGUACCUCUCGAGACCAGGAGUUGAAGAAGGUUGUUUGUUACGGGAUUGGAAUGAUGGCACGUUACGCCCCGUCCUGUAAAGAAAUUUUGCAAGAAGCUCCGACACAAGCAAUUUUCGAUAUUUUAAAGGAUGAGACUCUCAACUGGCCUGUACGAAUGGCAGCUGCGUUUACUUUCAAAGAAUUGUGCUCGAGCGAUCUAAAUUUUUGUCAACACUUUUUGGACCUCAAAGUUCCUAAUUAUCUUCAAUGGCUGUUGAAAGAAACACCUGAAAACGUUCCUCUGGAAGUGGCAAUUAUGGCAAUCGAUGUUUUAACGUACAUGGGAGGCUAUCCCGACUAUAGAAAGCUUCUUUUGGAAUCGGAGCUCAUUGAUGCUCUGUGCUCUACGUUCGAGGUCAAAAAUCGUGCGGCCGAUGAGCUAAAAAUAGCGAGUUGCAGAGCUCUAUCGAAUUUUUGCGUAGACAAACGGACCCGCGAGAUUUGCAUCGGUAGCGAUCUCGUUGAAAAACUUUUUCUCCUUCUCUCCGACACGAAAUCAACGCGAGUUCGUGCCGCAGUGGUGCAGCUCGUUCAGCAACUCGUCCAAGACCCUGACUUUGCCGAGCAGUUUGUGCACGCCGGAUAUUUAAACUAUAUGUUGAAGAAUCGCGAUGCCGCGGCUGCAAUUCCCACGUGGAAUACGUGCAUCGAUUCUCUCUUUUCAGUUCACUUACCGACCAAGUUUGCUGUCACCGGACGUCUGUCAUUGCACGAAACGACUGACGAUGGUUUUUAUGUUAUGCGACGUCACGUUUGCCCUUUUCCAGUCCUGGAUGAGCUUUUUCGGCUGAAAAUGUGCCCAAAGGAUCCUAUUUAUGUGGUGAAUUUCGUAGAUCCUCGAUCUAGUAUCGAGGUCAAGUCUCUAACAACCGGAAGUUCACGCACCGAGUCGAGAGAUUCGACGAGCGUUUGGUUGGAGCUGAAAUUCGGAAAACUGCAGAAAGAUCCGUUUCUCUACGAUUACUUAGAGCGGUUUAAAAGCAUUUUAGCAGCUAACGAACCUUCCGAAAAAGUGGAAAGAACGUCUCGAGGAGUUGUCAACGUGAGUAACAUAGCAUCGCGAGCAAAGCUCCUCGGGAAAUUUGUCACUCGUCAAUUGUCUGGGCCCGAUCCACAAAAUCCUUGCAUCGAUCAUCAGCUGGAAAUUCACGUUCGCGAAAUUCGCGAAGACAUCGAGACGAGUGUCAUUCCACUUGGUCAAUUGAGAGUCGGUUCCUAUCUCGAAAGAGCUUUGCUUUUUAAAGUUCUAGCUGAUAGAAUUUGCCUGCCCAGUACACUUGUCCGAGGCGAAUAUGGCAAGGCAUGGAAUGAAAUAGCUAUUCCGCAGAUUGAAAGUGCAGUGAACCAGGACGCGUCGAGUCAGAAAGAAACCGAAGAAAGAACAAGUACGAGUGGGAAAAGUUUUCUGGCGGUUGAACAAUCAGCAGAAAAUCAAUUGGCCAAACCGAUGGAAGCAAAUGAUUCGAGCCUGAUCCACGUACUCAAAGACAAUUCGAAAAUCAUACUGCCCACGAGUUUGUUGCAGGAGAAUUACGUAGUCGAUUUGAUGGAAAAUCCUGGGGAUUUGAUACCAAUAAAUAGCUCAAAGGCCAGGGCUUAUUGCGCUCCAAUCGCACGUUGUGAUAUGAACUGUGAUUAA